ACAGCCACAACAACGGGGGCGCGCCUUUAAGUGCGCUGCAGCCUGUGUCGCGACUCCAGACGCGCGCACACGCAUCCCGACACGCGCGAGCCGGAGUACGGAGCCCAGACGGUGAGCGCGCGCAGCGGGGACGGUAGGAUGGUGCUCAGGGUGUUCAUCGCCUCCUCGUCCGGCUCUCUGGCGGUAAAAAAGCAUCAGCAGGAGGUCGUAGGCUUCCUGGAGGCGAACCGGAUCAGUUUUGAAGAAGUGGACAUCACCAUGCGGGAGGACCAGAGACUCUGGAUGUACAAGAACAUUCCAGAAGAGAAACGACCUGAGAAGGGCAACCCUCUCCCCCCUCAGAUCUUUAAUGGAACAAGCUACUGUGGGGACUAUGAAGACUUCUUCCUGUCUAAAGAAGCCAACACAGUGUUUUCUUUUCUUGGGCUCAACUCUCAACCCUCAGGGAAGGAUGCUGAAUCUCAGGCUGUAUGAGUCGCACUCCAGCACUGAAGCACCAUGAAGGUUCACAAUUUGUGAUUAUUCUCUCUUCAUGAGACGAUCAAGCCUUCACUGCCAGCUAUGGAUCUGCCAAAUACGCAAACCUCCUCACCACCGAAGAUGCUUCUACAUAGACAAAUACAGACGUUUAGAUUAAUAAGACCACGAUGCAAGUUAGUCCAAUGUUUAUGUUGCUGCAUGACGUCUUAUAUAGCAAUCGCACUGACACAGCUUGUGUAAUGUGUGUAUCACUGUGGGUUUUUCUAAUCUAUGACAAUCACUGAAAGAUAUUUGUACGUAUGCCUAUCUAGUGUGUGAGAUUGUACUGUAUGUUUUCUCUGUGGGUGAGUGAUUUUGUUGGAGCAGAUGUCAGCAUUACAUGGGAUUUCAGGCAAAUAAGGAAAUACUGUAUGUUUGGCUCCUGGUGUCGUGCUGUUUUAUAAAAGCUUUGAUGUCCAUUUGAGAUCAGGCCAGAACUCAUGAUCUCAUGAGCCGGUACAGGAAACACAAGCAAAAUCUCCCUGCUGCUCUGUAUUUCCACUGUCUACACCCAUGAACAAGGCACACUAUACAAUUUACUAAGACUUUCCGAUGUUGGAAAGCACAAGUUUCAGCUUUACCUCUGACUGUUACAAAACACUGACACUGGAGACUCCUUCCAAAAACUAUUCAAUAAAUGUCUCCUCACAUAA